GUUUACCAGGUGGCAGUCUGUCUUUCGUUGUCGUCAGAGUCAAAUCGGCACAUUCUGGCCAUCUUCAACUGCACAACACCCAUUCAAUCACUUCUACCUAGAUUCUCACUUACUCUCUCAAGGCUAUUUCAGGAGUAUUCUCUAUUCAUCCGUUGAAGGCCAUGUCAGAACACAAAGAACUCAAGGCGGAAUGGAAGAACGAGGUCGAGGUCAAGACAUACAAGCAAUCCGACGUUGCCAAACACAACACCAAAAAGGACAACUGGAUCAUUAUUCACGGAAAGGUGUACAACGUCACCGACUACUCUAAAGACCUCCCGGGCGGCCUCGAUACUCUGGUCGAGGUCGCUGGCACCGAUGCCACGAGCGCGUACGAGGACGUCGGUCACUCUGAAGAUGCUGCCGAGAUCAUGCACAAGUUCCUGGUCGGCGUGAUCGAAGGGGCCAGCACCGAUGGCGGUUCCGGGGGAGGUUCGAAGACCGGCAGUAGGUCCGAGGCUGCCAGAAGUGUUGUGGUGAGGAGGCAUCAGGGGUCUCAAGGAAAAGAGGCUGCCGCCCCCUCUGCCCAGAGUCGAGCAGAACUGGCCGCGGUAGCAGCGGGCAGUGCAGGGUUGACGGUCAUGGUGAACAGUUACAUCCUACCGUUCCUGAACACUCAUGGUUUCUUCCCGGCCGUCCACAUUCCCCAUGGGGCUUUCACCCACGGCUUUUUGACUGCCACCGCAUCAUUGGCCGUCGCGGCCGCGGCUGGCGCCACGUGGCUGUCGAGGGCGAGCAAAGAGAAAUCGUUCAGCUCAUUUGCGGCGCACCUCUCGACGGCAGACCCAAGCGGACCGUUCCAGCCGAAGGGCUGUCUGAAGCAGUCCGCGUACCAACAGUUCCGACUCCGACACAAGGAGGAGCUGUCGGACGGCAUCUGGCGGUUCGUGUUCGACCUGCCCACCAAGUAUUCGAUCUUGGGCCUACCGAUCGGCCAACACGUCGCCAUCAAGACGACCGUCGACGAACACUCGGUCGUGCGAAGCUACACCCCCGUCUCCAACAACCGUGACCUGGGCCGGCUCGAACUCCUCGUCCGGGUUUAUCCCCAGGGACUCAUGGGCAACUGUCUGAAAAGCCUGGACAUUGGUCAGACGGCCUCCAUCCGUGGACCAAAAGGUGCCAUGCGUUACCGUCGCGGCAUGAUCAAGGAAAUCGGCAUGGUCGGCGGUGGCACGGGAAUCACCCCUCUCUUUCAACUGAUCCGGGCCAUCUGUGAGGACAAGAAAGACUCCACCAGAGUCUCGCUCGUCUACGGCAAUCGAAGCGAAACCGACAUCAUGCUCCGCGACAAGCUCGACGCCUACGCGAGAGACUGCCCGGACCAGUUCCGUCUUCUCUAUCUGCUCGACGCGCCCUCACCGUCGUGGACCGGCGGAAAGGGUCACGUCACCAAAGACGUGCUCAAGGAAUACAUGCCCAAGCCUUCUCCCGACUCGAAGGUACUCCUCUGCGGCCCGCCGGGCAUGGUCAACGCCAUGAAGAAGAACCUGGUGGAGUUGGGUUUCGAGGCCCCAGGUGCUGUGGGAAAGAUGACGGAUCAGAUCUUUUGUUUCUAA